ACUUACCGACUGGAAUUGUUGCAAAGAUUUAAGGGCUAAGCAAGUGCAAAGCUCUUUGAGGAGAGCCUGGUACAAGUCAGCACUCAGUAAAUAUUGGUUACUCUCAUUUUUUACGGACGUGAAAAAUGGGGCUCGGGGAGGCUAACGUGGGAUAGACGGAACAACGGAGAUUUUGACCCAAGACUGCUUGUCCCCAGUGGUCUCGCGCUUGCUUCGCUGAUGCCCCAGAGGAUUCACAGAUUUUUAGUGAAGUACACUCAUUGUUCACAUGGGUAAACAGAUUCAGUGGGGGUUCUCCCUAUUGUAAUCACUAGCCCCUAAGUCCUCUCCAGUUCUCAUUUCCCUGAAGUUUUGUACCCCAUACCUGUCUCCCUUGUCUCAUUCACUCACUCAUUCAUUCAUUCAACAUCCUGCCCCCAGGAGGUUCAGACUUGGGUGCGUAGUGAUCUAGUUAGAUCCGAGUGCUUGAUAAACAUGGCACCUGCUGAGAAGGGACUGCAGAAUCGGGGCACUCACCAUUCACCUCCUCCCCCAGCCUCCUUUACCGAGCUCGCCUUAAGAGCAUAGGAUCUGAAGCCACACUGUCUAGACUUAAAAUCCCAGCUUCGCUACUUAGCAGCAGUGUGUCCUGGAAAGAUGACCCACCUCCUUUGUGACUCUUUCCUUUUCUGUAAAAGAGGAUCCUAUGUUGGUGGGAGGGUUUAAGGAAAUAAGCUGUUUAGAAUCCUUAGCGAACGUCCUGGAUGGUAGUAAAGUUAAUAAAAGACGGCUGUUAUAAUUAAUCCCCGCAACCAUCCCAAGGAGUGGACGCUAACGUGUCUCCCAUUUUAUUAAUUUACCCUUACGAAGUAAGGCUCAGAGAAGUAGACUUUGGCCCGAGGUUACACAGCUAUGAAAUGUUGCAUCUCUUGAUAGGAACCGCAAGUUCUUUGGCUCCAAAAGCUACAUCAGUUCUGGCAGAGGUUUUCGCCAACUGCUCAGAGAAAAAACAAGACAAUCUGCAAAAAUCAGCCUCUGAGAGGGGCUUGGGAGUGCGGGGCAAUUUGCAGACGCUCCCUUCCGGCGGAGAUUGCCCAAACUGUCCUUCAGCCCGGGACCUUCGGCGGGGUCCUGUAGUGGCAGGUCGGAGUGCUAGUACAGGUGGAGGCGACAGCAUAGGCAGUGCCAGUCGCAGUGGCUCCAGCCGCCGCGGAUCGUCAUGUCGGAACCGCAGCGGCUGGGCGCAGAGCGUGACCUCUACCGGGACACGUGGAUUCGAUACCUAGGUUAUGCCAAUGAGGUGGGGGAGGCUUUCCGCUCCCUGGUGCCAAAGGCUGUGGUGUGGCUGAGCUAUGGUGUGUCCAGCUCCUAUGUGCUGGCGGAUGCCCUUGACAAAGGCAAGAAGGCAAGAGAGGUACCAGGUCCUGAAGCAGGCCGCAGCACCAGGGUGACUGUGGCUGUGGUGGACACCUUCGUGUGGCAGUCUCUGGCUUCUGUGGCCAUCCCAGGCUUCACUAUCAACCGCGUGUGUGCUGCCUCUUUCUAUGUCCUGGGCACUGCCACCCGCUGGCCCCUGACUGUUCGCAAGUGGACCACCACUGCAGUUGGGCUGUUGGCCAUCCCCAUGAUCAUCCACCCCAUUGACAGGUCAGUGGACUUCCUCCUGGACUCCAGCCUGCGCAAGCUCUACCCAUCAGUGGGGAAGCCCAGCUCUUCCUGAUCCCACCCCAGUGCCUGCUAGGGAUGUGAACACCUGGUUCUCCAGGGUCCAUGGCCCUGGCACUGACCCUGGGUUUGAACUGGAUGGAAACUUAGAGAUUAAGGCCUCAAGGAGCAGUGACUGCAGUGAAUCCCAAACAGAGGUGGGACCUAAACCCCAUCUGCUUCCAUGGAAACUGUUGUACUGAGCAGGAGUGGACCCUGGGUGGGUCCAGCUCUAUUUUUUGACAGGAAAAUGGGAGAUGAGACUGAAACCCAAAGAGGGCAAGGCAAGCUAGGCACAGGACUCUCAGCUGCUUGACUGCAUCACUCCAUGCGGCAUGGCUGGAUAACAGACACUCAGGGAGAAACAGGAGUGGAGCAUCCAAGAUACCUCAGGAAAGAUUCUCCACCUAACCUUUCCCUAAUACAGGGGCUGCUAGGACCUGGUUGGAAAGCUGGCCAGGCCCACACCCAAACUCAAUAAAUUCUCAAGAAGUUGAAUUUUCUUCUCUGUUGGGGAGGUACAGGGAUGUGGUAGUAGGAGCAGGGCUUCUCCUGGUGGACAUAAACUGAGGAGGAGGCUGUGGUCAGAAGAGGCUUCCUGGGCCUGAAGGAAGGGGUCGGGGAAAACAAGGGAGGGAGCAUCCCAAGGAGGAAUCAGCAUAUGAAUAAACCAGUCAAGAGAAACUCCAAAUCUAAAGAACCAAAAAGGACUGACUGGUUGAAAUGAAGAUUUGGAUGGGAAGGUAAGAAGGGUAUUAUGGAAAGGGCAGUAGGGUAUCGUCCAAAUCACAAAGUACCGUGAGGGCCAUGGCACGGAGUCUGAACUCUGUGCUGGACAAUUGAAGAUCUGAUUGACCGAUUAGAAAAGCUUGGAGAGGGGUGUCCUGUUUAUUGUUGCUAGCACAAAAUAUUUGAGAUCAGGUAAUUUAUUAAGAAUAGAAGUUUAUUUGGGCUCAUAGUUCUGGAGACUGGGAAGUCCAAGAACAUGGCACCAGCAUCUUUUCAUCUUCUGCUGCUUCAGUUUGUGGCAGAAAGCAGAAGCGAGCUGGGUAUGUACAGAAGCAGGAAAAGGGGUCUGAACUCCUGCAACAGUUAACCCAUUCUAGAGAAAGACAUUAAUCCAUCAGGAGGGCUCCACCUAUGGCCAAACACCUCCCACUAGGCCACACCUCCCAACACUGAUGUAUUGAGGAGAUAAACUUUUGGGGGACAUGCUCAAACAGUAAGAAGGGGCAGGUAGUGGCUGCUGUCCUGAUCCAGGCCUAGAGGGAUGGAUGGGAGAUGAAGUGGCAGAAUAUUGGGGACAAAAGCUACAGGAAUGAGUGGAAGCAACCAGGCAAGAGAGAGAAGGGUCUGAGUCUAACAGUUGAGGGCGGAAAUAGCAGCCAGAGAGGAGGGCUCCAGACAGGUGGCUUUCUAUCUCCCUAUGUGGCUACUUUGCAGGAAGGAAGACCAGACCAGGUCUGGGUCUUAUCUGUGACCCUGUAUGCUGUGAAGCCUCUGCCAGGUCACUUCCCUUCUCUGAUCUUUAGAAUUUGGGUCUGGAAAGGGAUGGUGCUGUAUUUCCCACCUCCUGGGCUAGCAGGAGGGCCAGAGCAGUGGAUGAUUGUCUUUAACCACUGGCUUCUCCAGGGCAGAGGGAUCCUAACUUAUCCAUAUCCAUGGUGUAAAUACUCCCAUUAUCUUCUCUUUUAAGCUACCCACAUGAGAUCACUGAACACAGAGUUGGGAAGCAGUACACAAUAGCACAGUAUAAUUUUGUUAUUUGCAGCAAAUAGAAUGUAGUAGUGCUCUCUUAUUCAAGGGGAUACAUUUCAAGGAUGCCUCAAGCCAUAGAUGGUACUACACCCUCUAUAAAAUGUGUUUCCCCCUAUAUAUACAUACCCAUGAUCAAAUUUAAUUUAUAAAUUAGGCACAGUAAGAAAAUAACAUUUUCGGGUGCAGUGGUACACACCUGUAAUGCAGCAGUUGGGGAGGCUGAGGCAGGAGGAU